GCUGUUAAAACCCAGCAAUGUUUUGUUUGUUUUUGAACUAAAUACAGUGACUAAAAUUUUAAAGAUGAACUACCCUAAGCGAAAACCACUUUCAUGGUCGCAAUACUACGAAGAAUUGCUUUUUGACCUGUGGGAGGAAAAUAUUGCGUCUAUUCGAGCUGGUCAAAAAAGCACUAUUGUAUGCAAGGCAAUGGCGGAAAAACUCGACGAGGCCGGAUUUAUAGGCGUUGAGAUGAAGGAUGUGCGCACCAAGCUAGACAAUAUAACCCGCAAAUACAAAAUAGAAGCCAGGGAGGGGCACUCAAAGUGGAAGCACUUUUCGAGAAUUCGCCGAAUAUUGGGAGUAUUGAAACCAGUAAAAGUCAAAUAUGAUCACUUAAUUGAACAAAGCACAGAUGACAAUGGAAAACAGGAGCCACUCUCAGUAAAAAGCGAGAGCUUAAAUGAUGAUUUGGAUCAGCCCGGAAUCUUAAGUGACGAGGAUGGUACUUCCUGGGAUCGCACAUUGGAAAUGCUGUCGAAUCCAGGAAGCCUAUGUGAUGACUUGCCCUACUCGCCACAAUGUAAGAAGGCAAAACUUUCCCCGGAUGACAUGACAUCCUUUGAGGCAGGAAUGCUAGCAGCCACAAAAGAACGCAAUAGGGAACUUAAACAAAUGAGGAAGGAGUUGACCAACCUGGCCAGUCGACGGCUGAAUGCCUUGGAGAAGCUGCAAAUGACCAUGGAACGAAUGGAGCAGGAAAACGCCAAAUUCCAUGAAAAACUGCUGCAAAAAUUGUAGCAAAGGGGUGAUAGAAAUAAACACUAAGCCUACAGUUCAGCAUAGAAUAGCCUUAAUUAUGAUUACUUAAAUACUUAAUUGAAAAUUCUUUACCUACAUAUGUAUGUAUAGUUUCGAACCAAUUCUUUAAAGGUCUGAUUUUGUUGGCCUAUUAUAUUGUAACUUUUGUGCUUAGAAUUACUUUUAUUAUAAAGGUAACUAGCACAUUAUUUAUUGGCGCUAUAGUAGUAAAAAUAUA